UAAACCCCAGUGCGCCUUUUUUAUAGGUACAAUGAUCAUACACAGUACUGAUUCAUAUAUAUUUCUGUAUUUCAGUGUUUGAUGCUAAUGACUCGAUGAGUUCAUUAUGUGUCGGAAUAUUGUUUUAUAUUGUUAAUGCAAAAUGUCCAGAUCUGGAGCUAGUUCAUCAUAUAUGUGCCGCUGUUCACAGCCCAAAACUGUUUUUUCAAGACGCCAUGCAACCAAUGACCAAAACUUCGAUAUUUACAUCUUAGAGGAUGCUGGCGUUGACUUUAGUGACAAUGGUUCUGAUGAAGAGAACGACGAAAGUAAAAACAUCAUUGAUAAAAAUAAUCAUGCUGUUUCAAAUUUCUCUGGCCAAAAUGGUACUACUCACAAAUUACUCAAAGCUACCAACAAUUUUGGUAAAAAUAAAAAUGGAUUUGGUGAUUCUGGUGACGAUGCUCAAUUGGAUAACCAAAGUAGUGCUGCUUCAGCUCUUGUACCAUAUGGCAAUGAGGAAGAUCAAACAACUACGAGCUCUGCAAGCAAACGUGAGUCUUUUCCUGACACUGACCAUGAUGAAGUUGAAACAUCUCGUGGCUUGAAAGACAGACCCGAUGUAGCUUUGGCCAGAAGAUCUGUAGAUCCCCCUAGAAACAAAAGUGAAGUAAAAAAGCAUGAACAUAAUUUCUUAAUCAAAAAUACACAAAACGACAAAUCUGAAGAAACCGUUACAUUUAACUGGUAUAAUAUUUUAACGGGUGUGAUAUCCAUCACUAUAUUUUGUUUUGAUAUAGGAACAGAUAUAAAUUUAGCAGCAAGAUACUUUAGGGAGGGGUUAUGGAAUUACGGGGCCGCGACAACAGCUUUAAUUGUGAUUCCUUCCUUGAUUAUAUGUUUCCUUGGGCUCCACUGGUAUCUGAUUGAUUACAAGAAAGAACAAAAAUUUAAAAAGGAGAAUAGAAAGGCGUAUACUGUACCAGGAUAUGUGUGGUUUCUGCGUAUUCUUUUUACGUUGCUGAUGUGUGGACCGAUUGUCAGAAAUGUUGAGUAUCUGUACUAUGGUUAUAACAGUCAAAAUAAAAAGUUAUCUACCAGAGAGCGUAAAAGAUUCCAGAGAUUGAUGAUGUAUGAGGAUGUUGAUAGCUGCCUGCUUGGGCUAUUUGAAAGCUUCUUGGAAUCAGCACCCCAGUUAAUUUUGCAACUGUAUAUUGCUAAUGAACUCAUACAACAAGGUGAUAUUGUUGGAUCAUCAGGUCGAGCUAUAGUCCUGCUGUCUUCAUGGGGAAGCUUGGCUGUAUCACACACAUCAUAUCAGAGGUCUCUACGAAGCUCAAAUGAUGAAAAAGCUAAGAUGAGCAUCAUCAGUCUCCCUUUUUAUUUCAUAUGGAGAGCCAGCGAGAUUGGAGGUCGUGUGCUGUGUAUCGCCAUGUUCGCCUCAGCUUUUGACCUUUGGGUGUUUGGACCACUAAUUUUUCACUGGGUUUUGAUGUCCAGCUGGCUGGUUGUACAGAAUACGACAUUCUACAAAAAUGUCUGUCUGGAAAAAGUCUUCAAUAUCAUCUGCGGCUACGUCAUGGUCUUCUGUUUUCUCAACCUACGAGAUGGCCAGACAAGAUUCCGUGUCAUUUUGUUUUAUUUUAGUGUCUAUGUUGAGAACUUUCUUAUGCUGGCUCUAUGGUUUAAAUUCACCAAAGACGUAGGUGGUUGGCUUCAUCAAUGGGGCCUGAUCGUAGUUCUGAUCCUGUUCGUGUUUCAUGUUGUCUUUCAGUUGUUGUAUUACUGGUUUUUUCACCCCACAAAAAACAUCAAGAUGUGUUUGCCUUGUGACCGGUUUGUUCUCUACAGCUCCAUCUGUCAUGAUCUCCAGCCACAUGACGACAAAUCUGCUGAAGUUAACCAUACUGUUGCAGAGAUAAUUGUUGAUGAACCAAAGCCAGCUAAUGUAAAAAAUCAGGAUCUUGUGUCCCAAGUAUAAUGUUAAUUAACUUUGUUUAAUUAGACCAACUAUUAAAGCGGUUAGAUAGCUUUUUUAGCUCAUGACUUGU